AUGUGGCUCGGAGCUCAGAGCGACAUUCCGCGGCCUCGUACGGAUUGUAAUCUGGUGUCAUUGGCAGGAACAUCUGGGAUUGUACCGCCUGACGACAAGCUCGAGGACAUCCCGGUCAGCCGACCGGCAUUGCAUCUGCGCCGAUUGUGUCGGAACCCCGGAAAGCUCGUAUUCAGUGGAAAGAGGCACGAGGACAGAUGCUGUCCGGAUCCAAUGCAUUGCACAAGGUACUUUCUCGCCAAUCGGACAUCGUAUAUAGUUGUCUUCUUAUACCAAGACGCGUGCACUGUGGUCGGUGGACAGAGUUGA